UGGGUUUAUUAACGAGCGACAAGAUUGAUAAAAACGUACGUGAUCACACAUUCCGAAAAAAGCGUCUACACUUUGAUAAAUAACACAAGCCUUCUUGAGCGAUGCUCGUAAGGUCGUUUACCCCAAGUUCAAUUAGCACCUUCAAGUACAGUAAUUUCAUGUUAAUCAUUUACAAUUUCAUGACAUUUUCACCAGCUUAUGAUUAGUACAUGUUGUGAUUUUAGUGUUGAAGCAUUAAUGUUUCAUUGUGUCAAAAAAAUUUUGUACAAAACUUGAAAAUGUUGUCGAAAUGUUCAAUGUGUCUCUUUGUUUUCGUUGUCUUAUUUUGUAGCGUACAAAUAAUAUCCAUUGAAAGAAAUGAAAACUACGAAAUUAAGCUAAAAGAUCACCAGAAACUUUUGUCAAGAAAAAAACGAUAUCUCACUUUUCCCGAAGGAAGCUCUCUUCAAUUGGUAUACGAUCAAAUCAUCGGAAUGGUUGAUACAACAAAUCUACAUAUAUUUGGCAUAACAUGUUCACUGGCAUGGCAAUUGCCACACAAAACUAUUUUUGGCGAGGAGCAUACCGAACAGCCGAUGCACAAUAGCAAAAUUUCAAUCAGCACAAUUGAGAAGAAAAAAUUUGAUUAUAAUGAAUCGCAGUCAAGCGCUGGCAAUAAUUAUCAUUUUGACACCUAUUACAAUCGGUCAAAUUACUAUUCGCACAAAAUAAAUGACAAUUUUUAUGACUAUUUAAAUAAGGCAAAGCCCAAUUACGAUGAUUGGCAGAAAUUUCGCACAAACAAAAUAAAAUGGAAUUAUUCACAUGAUGUUUAUCCAGCACUUCGAAUGAGAAGACACAUUGCCAAUCAUGAUGAAAAGAUAAGCAUCAUUCAUCCCGAAAUAAAACAAAAUCUAAAACAUCAUCGCGACACACGAUUCACCCUCUAUAAAUCAAUUGAAAAAUACUUGAAUGCAAAAGGCGAGAAUGGCGAAGAGUGCAUCAAAUUGGCAAUAUGUGAAACUGCGCAAAUCGAACACAAUAACAACGAUGAUGAAAAUAUAGAUCCAGAUUCAUUUUUUAAAGAACUGUUACGCUCCGUUUUUAGUUUGCCACCAGGAAAAUUCCAUCCGAUACGCGAAAUAAAUCCAAACAAAUAUGACGACGCAUUGAACGAAGUAGAUCACAAGAAUGUCAUUGACUGCCGGAGUAAAUAUCCAUUGUGUUCAACGAGCAUAUGGAGCGAAAGUUUCAUAUUUUAAUCAGUCAAGCUAUUUUUGUACUAUCGAUACAAUAAAGUCUUAUUUUAAAUACAAAA